AUGUCUGCGUCAACCUCACUCCCAUCUUCAAUCAAAAUCGUUGAUACGAUGCUCUACCUAAUCUCCUUCCUCGAUGACCUCACCUCCGCGCUCACAAUCCCAACCUGCACAUCCACUCUGUAUCUCUCUAUAAGCCCCCGAAACAUCACCACCCCUUCCAUUCUCAUAAUUCAUUGGAUACCACCCCAUCUCCACGGAGCCGCUCAAAACAACCCAACCUACCUCCUCGAUCUCUUAGCUCUCUCAGCCAAAACCCUCGUCAAUACUCACUCCUCAGAGCGAUCACUAACCAUAAUGCAAUUCACGCAUGCACCCUCUCCAGGUCAAGCUUUCGAAGCCGACAUACCUGAAUACAUUUCCCUCAGAACUCUCUUUGAAUCUCCGCAUAUCCCCAAAGUCGUCUUCGAUGUCCGCGAUAUUUCGCAUUUUCUGAACACUGAAUGCCACAUUUCGUUGGCCGGAGUCAAGGAUCUUCAACUUAUGGAACUAGCUGUGCGCAACGUGGGUAAAGACAACUUGGGAGAUCUAGCCAAAUGCGUUGAGCUGCAUAGUCCUCUUUCCUCUGCCCUAAAAAAGGAAUGGGAAGUCAAGCGAGUAGCUCUACUAACAAUUGAAAGCCAGCCAUGCGAGCAACGUCCUAUGAGACAAGAUACCAUGCAACAUUACGCUGGAGAAGUAAAUAUGCUUCCUGGAAUAUACAGAGUUUUUUGCACGAAACUUCGUCCAGAGAAACUGUCGUUUUGGAGAAAUGAGAUAGAAACUGCGACGAAGAAUCGAAUCGAGGCAUCGCAAAGUCCUAUUUAUAAUAUUGUUGAAAAGAAUAGGGCAUGGAGUUCCUGGACUGAAGAAUAUUUAGAGGUGGCCAGUGAAUCCUGGAAUAGAGAUAUGUUUAAUCGGGCAGGAGGAUCAGAAGAAGCGGAGGCAGACCGGUUCGAAGAGGUAUUGGAGAUAAUGCGUGAGGGGAGAGUCCUGGAUGAAAUGGAGUUUGCCAAUAAGAGGAGAAGUGGGUAG